UCUUUGUUGUUGAGAGCUUGGAGCGGAGUAAAAAGCCAGAGAGAGUAUUUAUUUAUUACCUUCACCCGGAGUUCUGCGGUAUGGCCUUAGUACUCACCACUGACAAUUUAAAAUUCCGCGGUCGUGAUAAACUUAUUUAUUUGUCCAGUGGAUUUUUCUAUCAAAUGAGGACACCAGGCGCAAUAAAAUCCGAAGUAAAUAAAUAACACCUACAAGCAUUGUUGUGACCAAAUUGUACCUCUACAUAACAUAUAUAACUGGUGGUGGUAAUUGCUGUUGUAAGUGUCGUGAAAACCCAGUCUCACACGCGGACAAAAUGCUAAAGAACAAAUUUAAAUAAAUAAUAAUAAUAGACACAAGUUGUGUCAUCGCAAGUUAAAUAAAUCCGACCGGACAAUGGCCGUACGAUAAUAAACAUAGUAUCACUGUGAUCAAGCAAAGAAAAUAAAAGACCAGCCUUGAAUCUUGAUAAUCUGGAUGAUCAUAACAGCUGGCAAAUAAUCUGGUGGAAGAGGAAGCUACCCGAUAAGAGCAUCCUAUAUACCCGUGGGUGCGCCGAAAGGGAACAAAAACGCAACAACGCUGCCAUUUUGGGCUGUUGGAAGCGGAACAACUCGAAGACUUAACUCUCUACCACUAGCUUGUGGCCUCUGUGGCCCCUUCCCCGACACCGGGUCGCGGUACUACUUUUACUGAUAGACUCUAGACUCUAUAUUACAGACUACAUGUACAUAAAUAUAAAUAUAAUAUAUAAACUACACAGAUGGAUUUUUAUCUAGUAUAGCAAUAUCACAUCUACUUACUCAGAGCUAGAGACAACACCACCAAAAGUGAGGCCGUUAAUUGCGCGCUCAUCAUAUCACCAGUUACUAUAGACUGUUUAUCGUCCGUGAUUGCUCAUUGGAGGUUUUCAGUGGUAUAGUAGUAGUCGUUGAGAUUGAGCUAACUGAGGCGACGCCGCUGUCUACGUCUGCCGCGGUCCGUCAGUGUGUUCGCGGCGCUUCGCGCGACAGCAGCUAAAUACAGCAGUUAUAAAUAUAUAUAUAUUUAUAUAUAUAUAGAUGUAUUGAAUACUGGAAAGAAGAAAAUAGCUUGAGAGUGGAGAGUAAGAAGCAGAAGCAGCAGCAGCAGCAACAUAAAACGAGUUAAAGGGAAUAGAAACAAGUUUGCGCGAGUGAGAGAAAAGCAAAGGCUCUACGGCGUGUUUGGCGGCGACCGCGACGAGGCGCGAGUGAGUACAGGGUGCGUGCAUGCAUGCGUUAACGAUUACACGUGUGUGUACUUGUCGUGAAUCUCGUGGCGCUGGUCUUGGUGUUGGAGUGUUGGUGACCGCGGCCCCGGUGGUGGUAGCCAAGGUGCUCUUGGUGUUGGUGUUGGUCGUGGUGGAAGUGAUUGUCACGAUUGUGAUAGUACUCUGCGCAUCCACAGAAUUCACCAUCGGGCUCAACAACGGACGACCAACAAAUGUUUUAAAUGGACGCAUCGUCCAUUAUCACCCAAGUGUCACGGGAUGACGAGCUUGGCCACUUCAAUAAUGAAAAAGCACAACUACCGAGAGAAAAUGAGGCGACCAGCAACAACAGACCACCGGGUGGCAAAAAACCUCGAGGAAGAGGUUUACUGCGCUCUCUCCUGUGCUGUCUCGGCAGGGGCCGAGGUAGCGGCAGCUCCAAGAGCUCCAAAGCAAGUUCUCUCCAGAGCGAGGGUAGAGGCACCCCGCCGCCUGGUACCCGAUCACCAAGAUACCUUCUACCACCCAUUAGACAUCAGGAUAUGCACAAAAAGUGUAUGGUAAUUGAUUUGGAUGAGACUCUGGUGCACAGUUCGUUCAAGCCAAUCAACAAUGCAGACUUUGUUGUACCCGUCGAGAUUGAUGGAACAGUGCAUCAGGUGUACGUUUUGAAGAGGCCUUAUGUCGACGAGUUUUUACAGAGAAUGGGUGAACUUUAUGAAUGUGUUCUAUUUACCGCGAGUCUUGCUAAAUACGCGGAUCCUGUUGCUGAUUUGCUUGAUAGAUGGGGAGUCUUUAGAGCAAGGUUGUUUAGAGAAUCGUGUGUUUUUCAUCGUGGUAAUUAUGUCAAGGAUUUAAAUAAGCUUGGUAGAGACCUUCAGCAGAUUAUAAUCGUUGAUAAUAGCCCAGCGAGUUAUAUAUUUCACCCGGAUAAUGCAGUACCGGUAGCUUCAUGGUUCGAUGACAUGACAGAUUCGGAGCUGCUUGACCUGAUUCCCUUUUUUGAGAAGCUGAGUAAUGUUGAAAAUAUUUACACAGUUCUGUGUAAUAGUAAACAUCCGUAUAAUCAAGUACCGGGUGGCGGUACGUUACAAAAUAAUUCGAGCCCUGGACAAGGAUCAAUGGGAGCCUCCUAGCCCCGCCGGGAGCCUGGCCUAGCGGUCAGUCUCUUUGCCUCACACUGCGACCUCAGGAGAGCAUUUGAUGAGCUUCUCCGUGUUGCUGGACUGUCUUGUGCUGCUGUUGAACGUCUAUCGCUAGAGUCACCAUCCAAGCAGUCGGCGCCGUCUCCAACUCGGAGAUCACCGGUGACAUAAUUCAAAUAAUAACUAUUAAAAGUAAAAUAAUAAACUAAAUAACUAAAUUUACGCUUAGUCUGGAGAGACGCGAAAGAUUAGACACGUGAUUAUUCUUGAUAACUUUAUCUGAUUGGUACUAGCUUCGUCGCCUUACUAUUCAUAAUAAAAGAUUAACAAUAAGAAACAUCUUAUCAAGUGAAAAUAUCUGAAAACUAUCAAAGACUUUUGUUGGCUUCCAAAACAUACUUUAGUGUUAUUUUUUUUUUUUUUUUUAUUUUAUAUCUUUCUAUUUACAAAUAAUUAGAACGUUGUGUCGUUUUUUACUAUUGUUUUAUUCUAUUUUUUAUUAUUGGAAUUAAAUAAAGUUAGAGCAAUAUUUACAUCGCUGAAAUUAGACAAAAAGUGAUUGAGCACGCAUUUGUUACGCACGGGUCACUUGUAUGCGUGAUCUCGAUCGCAUGAGGGAUAACUCGAGGUCGUUCGACAAAGUCAAAAGAAUAAUAAUAUAAAUAUAAAUAAAUAAAAAAAGUAAAAUGAUUAAUAAGAUUACCGAUUACAUAGAAUUACACGUGAACUUGAAAAGUAUGUAAGAGAAAUGAUGCAUAUCACAUUCUUUCUCUCUCCAGACAACAGCGCAAAGACGUGCGGCGAUAAUCCUUUGCGUGUUAAAUUAAUAUAACUUUGUAUUAAGACGAUAUCAUCAUUAACGAAUUAGAAUUAUUUAUACAUAUAUUUUUUUUGUUUUAUAUUUUAUAUUCAUUUUUUUUUUUUUGAGCAGUGCUAUCAAGGGAGAUUUUAAGAACGCGCUAUUAAACGCAACGUUGCUCACUUUAAUAAUUAUGUCAAUUUUAUUUCAGUAGGUAAAGUUUUAUUGUAGUAACUAACAUCUUACUAAGCUUGCCACGUACAGGAUCACAAUAUGCCUCGCAAUAAUGUCGUAGAAAACAAAAACAAAUAAUUAAUUAAUUAAAUAAAUAAAAUUUAAAACUGAUUAAAAUCAGGCCAAUCAACCGGUUAGUGAACAUUAAAUUUGUAUUACUCUUGCACCAUUACCAACUCCAUUUACAAUGUUCUACGGGCGGUAACGUUAAUUGUCAAGGAUUACAAAAACAUUAAUGAGUUAUUUAAUAAUCCAAGACAUCUUUUUAACUACUCAUCGUUGAUAGGUAUUAUUUUUUCACUCUUAGAUUUUUUUUCUAUCAAUUAAAGUCUCGAAAAAUUGAGAGAGUUUACAAAAAUAAUAUAAUAUGUUAAUUAAGUAUAAAAUAAAAUAAAAUUAAAUUAAAUUAACAAUAACAAUAAUAAUGAUUCAAAAGACUUUAACUGCCGCUCCAGUUGUUUUUUCCGGAACUACAAGACUUAUAUGAUGAUUGUAUAAAAAAUUUUCCAUACUGAUGUAAUAUAAAUCGUAUCUUGAUUUUUUUAUCGUCAAUUACUGAGUAAAAAAUAGUAGUGAUUAUUGUAAAGAGCACUUGUACUUAGCGACAGCGCUUGAUAUUAUUAUUAUUACUAUAACUAUUAUACAUUUACGUGUACGUACAUAUAUUUAUAUAUUUCCGAUGUUUUUUUUUUUGAGUAAUUAAUGGAUUUUAAUGAUCAAUUUUACGCCAAAAAAAAUAAUUAUUUAUACACAUAUAUAAGUACUGUAAUUAGUGUUGUUAUUAUUUGUACUUGUAAUAACUCUUCGUGAUCCACAUAAUAAUGUUAUUAUUACUGUUAUUAUUGUUUAUAAACAAACAAUCGGUCCGUCCUACUAUACUUUAUACUAUACUUUAAACUAUACUUUAAACAAUGCCUUUGUUUUCUUCCUAUUUACAAAAUAAUUAUUUGUUUAAUUAAAUAGUUUACUAUUGUGUUUAUUUUUUUUUUUUUUUUUUUUUUAGUUUUUUUACAAUACAAUGUUUACUCUUACAGUAAAAUGAUAAGAGAAUGAAUUAGAUUUUUUAAACCAAAAUUAUUUACCUGUAAAUCGAUGUCGUAAUUUCGUAAUUUUUUACACUCACGCGUCACGUACGUUAGUCGUGAUUGUGAAAUUGAUAAAUUAAAUAAAUAAAUCAAAUAAAUAUUUAAAAAAUAGAAAAGCUAAAAAAUGGAGAAUGGUGUGCAAUGAUCAAAAAGAUAAUAAAUUAUCAUAAAAGAUUUAUUGCAGACGUGUGGCAUUGCUGGGACUUUAAGUGGAAUGUUUAUAAAAAAAUUAAUGAACAAACAAACAAAAAUAAAUAAAUCAGUCGUAGAUAUUUUAUUGGUAUUACUCGACUGAGGCUCAAUCGAAAUACGCCGCACGCAACGUCGGUAUUUUAUAAGUUAUUGACGAAAAAUAGUAAUCAAUUGGUGCUUCCGUAAUUAGAAUGAAAAACAAUUAAAAUUUAUAUAAUGUGACUAAACACGACGAAGUUAUUGGCUAUUUUCGUCGAAUUCUUUUUUUUUUUUGUAAUAAAUUUAUUAAUUACUCUGUGUCUAUAUAAACACAUAUAAUUGUAUUUAUUUAUAUUGUUUAUAUACACACAACUAUUAAGAGUGAUAAGUGCGUAAAAUUUUACGAGAAAUGAUUUACAUUUAAAACAAAACCGAUUUAUCGAAAUAACCCAAUUGAAGGAUAUAUAUUGUGUGCAUGUGAGUGAGUGAGUGAAUUAGUGUGAGUGAUAGCUAAAAAAUUUUAAAUUUAUAUUGUAAAUUGAAAGAAAAUUGUAAAUUUAAAAAUAAUAGCAGCCAAUGGACGAUUCGCUUAUUCCAUCAUUUUUAUUAUAUUGGCUCUCGUUACAAGCAUUAUACAUUAUUAUAAUUAUUAUUAUUAUUAUAUUAUUAUUAUUAUUACAAUUAUAAAAUAACAAUUAACAAAUUAAUAAGCGUACUUAUAUGUACGGUUUAUAAUUUUAAAAAUAAGCUAUUGAAAAACGCGAUAUGCCGCAAUGAUUAUUUGCAAGUACAAAGUUGUUUAAUUUAAAACAAACGACAAUGUCGCUGUGGGAAAAAAUAUUAAGUCGGUACACUAACUGUAAAACAAAUGUAACUUUUUAGAUAAAAAAAAGUAUAGAAUGCGAACAAAAGAGAAAUGAUUUCAAAUAAUUAUUGUAUUGAUUUAAUAGAGAACAAAAUUGUAAAUUACGUAAAUAAAUAAAAUUAAACGCUAAAUUAUAUUGAUAAUGCGGAUAAUUAAUUGAAAAUUAAUUUAAUAUAAAUACAUUUUUUAUAAAUAAAAAACAAACAAUACGUCAAACCAAUUUCAUAGUUUUAUUAUUAAAAUUUUUUAUAAUAAUAAAACUACAAUACAAUGCAUUAAUUAAAUUAAUUCAUUAACAUGAAAAUAAUAAGUAGGUAUGCAGACAUCCAUAAAAUUAUUAUUAAUAAUUAAAUAUUGUACAAAAUUUGUCACAAAAAUAUAUAUGUAUAGAAAAAAUUGAUAUAAAACAGAGAGACAAAUUUUCAAGCGGGAUAUUAGAGUGUUGAAAAAAAAAAUAUAUAUAUAUAUAUAUAUAUCAGUAUGCAUGUAGACUUAAUUAUUAAUUAUUAAUAAUAUUGCCUUGAUUUGUAAAUAAAACUUGAAACUUCCAACUAACAGUCCUUUUAAAAAUAAAA